AUGCCUCACAAACACACUCGCAAAGGUCCUACCGAUAAAUCCACCACCGACCUCCCCCCCACCACCCUCGCAACCCCCCUCCCAGUCUCCAAAUCCGCCAACGAAAACGGCGUCUUCACCAGCUCGCUCACGAACACGCGACGCGGCAACAAGAAGAGAAAGCGCAAUGUAGAUACCGCAGAUGACACGCCCAAGGCGUUUGCGCGGCUGAUGGCCUUUUCGGCGGGGAAGAGGAUGGCCAAGGGAUUGGAUGACGGGGUUCGGGUGCCGAAGAAGAAGAAGAUCAAGGUGGAAGAGGAUGCGGGUCUGCCCGCGAAGCAAGAAGAGCAAGCCGUGGCCAAGACGCCAAUGCCGACGAUAAAACCCGGGGAGCGUAUGGCUGAGUUUUCAGCCAGAGUUGAUGCCGCUUUGCCUGUCAGCGGGCUGAUUAAUAAAACGGCCAAGGGGGGGAAAGAUCCGUUGGGAUUGAAGGUGGGACGGACCAAGAAGGAGAAGAAGAUGCAGAGGAUGUAUGCGGAGUGGCGGGAACAAGAUGUGCGCAUAAAAGAGAAGCGGGAGGCGGCGCUGGAGGAGAAGGAGAUGGAUGAGCUGGAGGAGGGGGGAGGGUGGACAGGUCGUUUGGGCAGAUUCUAG